AAUAGUAUUGAAGGAAAAUCUGCUCGAUGGUGUUUGUUUUCGCGGAGAGCGAAUAGCGGAACUGUUGUGUUUGUCGCACAAUCCUUCAACCGCCAUAUUUGCGCUAUCUGUCCGGGAAUAAUAAUUUAGUGGUCUGUGCCAUGGCUCUGUGCGGGGGUGUCGGAGCCAUGGCUUUACCUAGUGAGCUUAUCGUACACAUAUUUUCCUUCUUGUCUGACCGUGACAAGCUUCGGGCCUCGUCCGUGUGCUCUCGUUGGAGGGAGUGUCUGUUUUACCCAUCGCUUUGGACGGAGCUUAAGUUGCGGGUUGGAGGUGGCUCAAACGGGGGAGGCUCUGGCACGGAACAUACCCCAAGAUUAGAAUUUCUUAUGAGGAAGUUCGGCUCCUUUGUGCGCGAAUUACAGCUCGAGUUUGCGCCUCUGGAAGGAUAUCUUGGCCCACUGAAUGGAGUGGAGAGCAGGAUGGAACCUGUCGAAAACGACCAUCGAUUCCCUGAUCGCUGGAAAGAAGCAAUUAUGACCUAUUUGGACCAGGUGUUGUGUGUACUUGGAUGUAUUCGAAACAACAGAAAUCUCCAGAAAUUAAGUCUGUAUGGGGAUACGUGCAUUCUUCAGGAUGAGGGCAUUUUGGACAGUGCCUAUCUAAACCAGGUUGAUCAAGGUGGCAAGAAAAUCAAAGAGAUCCAGCAGUUGUUUGUGGAGGUUCUGUCUAACAGCCGGCAGAUGAAGUGGCUAUCCUCAGCCUUCAUGAUGGGUGUGGUGACCCCCUGCUCCCUAGCCUCUCUGUCCAACCACAGCGCCGGCUCCCUGGAGCACCUUAGCCUGCUGGACAACCAGCUGCAGUGCCUGGUCUACCCCGUGGAGCUGGAGCGUCUGGUCCACCUGCGUUCCCUGGCCCUUAACUUCUGUGACUUCACCUCUGAGAUGUGCCACCUGCUGGCCGGGAGAGACCGCGCUCCAUUGCACCGCCUCUCCUUGAUGCUCAACGGCGUCACUUUGGAGGCCAAGCCGCUGGACGGCACUGCCAGUGACGAAGACUGGAAGGCCCUGGUCCGACAGAGUGCUAACCUGCGGGUCUACGUGAUGGCCCUGGACGUGUGCAGCCAGGACCUACUGAGGGUGCUUAAGCCCAGUCUGCCCCUGGAGAGGAUCCACCUGGACAGCUACUCUGCCUUGGUCACAGACGGCAACCUGGAGCUCAUAGCCCAGCAGUACAACAAGACCCUGAGUCACUUUGUUCUGAUGAGGGAUGACAGCGGCUUCCCUGACCUCAGCGUCAACCGCAACGAGGACCCGCUGGUCCUGCUGGCCUGGCGCUGCAUACACCUCUCUGUCCUGGUCAUCCACGGCUACACCGUGUGGUCCCACAACCUCGUUGCCAUCUCCCGCCUGCGUGGCUCCAGCCUCAAGGUCCUGGCUGUAUCUGAGGAGAGCAUCGACUUUGACCCAGAACAGGGGGUUUACAUGGAGGGCGACCCUGUCCACAACCUGGUGAAAGAGGUAUCCCUGGGCCUGGGGCGUGUCUGGCACCCUUCCAUGGACUCCAACCUGGUCCUCAGCGAGCCCACCCAGCACUUCCACCGGGAGAUGCAGAGUUUCAGCUUGGGCAUGUAGGCCAGAGCUACAGCGACUAGGCCGGUCCUCUGUCUGGGUCGUGUUCAUUAGGCACCAAAUGAAAGAAAACAAGACCAAAACUGUGAGGGACUACCUGGACAUGUCUAAUAAGAAAUGGUUAUUUUCUUUUUUCUGUUUAAAAUGUUUUCCGAUGUUUUUUUCUGCUGCGUGCCCUAAUGAACACAUCCCUGGUCUGGCCUGCUGAAUAUGCUCUAUGUUUGUCUCCAUGGCCUGUUCAUCGUCUGGGUCCUAUCUCAUUUACAUACUUUCUUUUUUUGUUUUUGUUAAUUUUCUUCUCUGUAGAGUGAACUAAUCAUUUGUGCUGUGUUUAAUCAGUAUUAGCUCUAUAUUUAUAUCUAUCUAUAUAUAUCCUGCUUAUAAAUAGGAGAGUAUAGUCGGGUAUUUGUUUAGUAGCUAAUUGAUCGAUUGGUUUAAGGAAAGUUUUCCUUUUUCGCUUUGUGUUUUCUGUCUGUUUUUCACAUAAUGAGCGCUGAGUUACUAUAACCUAACUAUCAGUUAAUCCACCUUGGCUUUUUGCAAUGUUGGAAUCGUGUGUAUGUCCGCUUGUUAGGGCAGUUCAGUCCAGUGGUCUUCCGACAGAAGGAGGGACAGGGUUGAUGGACUGUAGUUAGGCCCUCUCUCUGCCCGUACCUUCCCUUUCUGCAAUUUCCAUUUGUGUUUUGGAGAGGAUGUUGCUCGUCAACCCGGAGGUGGGAUACGAUACACUUCUGCUGAAAUCAAGUGCUUAGGUUUCCACGAUGACACGCUCACACUGAGAGCCUUUGAGCUGCCUACGUAAAGCCGCAGUACUUAUGUCAGGAACCAGUGUUGCAAGCCACACACUGCAGUCUUCUCUCGGAAACAUCCUCUCUGUCUCAGGUAGGCAAAACGUGACGAUGAGGACUGUGAUGGUAGUGAUGGUGAUGAGGAUGUAUAGUAUAAAACAAUCAGCUAGUCUGUCAGUUGAAUCCAGUUUUUCUUGUCACAGUUGCCUUGGAAAUCCCCCCCCCCUUUUCUGGAUUCAGUUGUUUUUGCCAUCAAACCGUCCCCUUUACACCGGGGUAAACCAAUUUAGUUGUACAUUUGUUUCAAGAUUAAGGUGUUGAAAGAGUUUAACGAAUGGCAAAAAGCUACUCCUUGCACAUAUUUCUCUUCUUCGCCAUUUUAGCGUAAAGCACUUGCUUUGUUGACUUACUCCAGAACAGUGUUUCACCCGCUGAGCGUUGGAUUGAGGGAUGCAUUUGUUUGCUUGUUCCAUAUCUCAGGAUUUUUGCACUUUCUGUACUUUUUUUUUUUUCCAUGGAAGGCUUUCUUUUAAUGUAAAGCCGUCUGUUCUGAGGGCCAGUGAGUGUGAUGCAGAGCAGAAUACUGAAUACUAAUGCUGGGAAAAGGGCGCUCCCAACACAACACACUCCAGAGGUGGUUGGUUUUAUUUUUCUAGCCUUGUUCCCUUGUUUCACUUUUAAGAAGGUUAACAUCCUGUGAAAUUACUUUUAAUGACAUUUUCUAUUGUGUUUUUGCUGUUUUAGAGCUCAGAGUAGUAGAGGGAAUCUGAGGUUGAUUGCUCAGUGGUAGAAUGUAAACGUGAACAUGACUGCCCAGUGAUAAUAACCCUUUUUAAAGUGCGUAUUCUGUUAACUCGUGCCCAAAUAAUGUUAUUGAGUCAUCCCGCACUCUUAUUUGUGGCCAUAGCAUGAAUUGGAGAAACAAAUAUCUAAAACAUCUCAAACCCCUCCCUCAAGCAGACUGUUGAAAAGGUUAAGAGUAUGAUGUCGCGCUCAUUGUUGACGGGCAGACGUUUGAGUUCAUUUGCAGCUCAUUCACCUAAUCAAGGGACUAAUUAUUAUUUAAGUUGAAUCGGUUGUGCUAACCAACAUUGAAGGUCUGCCGGGCCCCUGGGAGUGGUUUAAAAACCUUUGUCUAAAGAAAUAUUGGAAGGCCAAUUGGUAUUCUACAUGAAAAAUUCUCUUUUUAAUGGCUGGUGCAUGCCCACACCCAUUCUGUUGUUGGGUUAACCCCACACAAUUCCAACACUGAAAAUAAGCUUUUUAACAUGCUUUAUAAGCCGUUAUCGGAAAAGGAAACAAUUAAACUCAUUGUAGGUUAUUCAAGGUCAUAUUUCCAAAAAAUCUGGAAAUAUUGGGCAGUUACUUGAAGCUAGCGACCUUUUUAACACGUCUGCUAUCCAGAAUUCCCCCUAUAUACGUACAUCUUUCUCUUUUUCCGUGCUUGUAAAGCUAAGGGAACUUGUUCUGUGCUGCUGAGAUUGUACCAUUCCUGGAAAAGACAAGAGUAGCUUUCUUUUGACCUUUUAUCUGAUUGUGAAUCUGUUGGUUGGCUAUUGCUUCUUGUUGCAUUCCUCUGUGCCAAUUCCUUUCAUUGGUACCACUGAAGUCAGCCAUUACAGUCAAGGAACAGAAUUACAGGGUACAACGUACUGUAUGUAAAGGAAAAGACAUUUGUCAGGAAACGUCUAGAAUCAGAGGGCAAGAAGUGUGAUCCGUGAUUCAUACAAUGUAACAAUCAGCCUAUGGGAUCCACUGCUGUUCAGCUGUUUGUCAGAUAUGAGCCUGCACGCUAGGUUCCACUGGGCUACUCUUAGUCUCUGUUGUUUGCGCAUGAAAAUCAGCAAUAUGGGGGAAAAGGAUUAUUGAAACUAUAUGCAUGUUAAGAGGGAUUCUAAAAGUGUUUAUUUAAAACUGUUCUCUAUUAGUACCACACCAAAAAAAGAUAUAGAUACAACUGCUCUAUAUUUGGAGUUAACUUGUUAGUUUGUUCUUAACAAGGGUAUGUUAAGAUGUUGUUAACGGAACAGGAAGAACGCCAGUCAAUUGUUGCAAUGUAAAAGCAUCUUGAAGUUCCAUUCAUGCUGUGCCUAAUUCCAGAGUAGCUUUCAUUUCACCUGUCGUUCUGUGUUAGUUUCCAGUUCUCCGUUCAUUGUCUAGUACAGCAUUUAUCUACCGUUACAAAAAGAUGACUAAUUUACGCUUCAGUGUUUUUUUUUCUAUGUUUUUGUUGACGUUUUGCAUGUGUGCGCGCGCGUGCAUGUGUUUGUUUGUGUACAUUUUCAGAAGUGCGUACAUCAGAGAAGGCGAUGUAUGGUGUGCUUGAAGUAAAACAUGGUGUACCACUUUGGUAACAGUGAGCAGGAAAAGCCUUUCUCAGGGUUACUGUCAGUUGAGGAGGAGGGGUAGCAGAGAUCAUUUGCUCAGGCCUCAACAAAAGAAUGAACGUUCGGAUUAUUCUUCUCCAACAAAUCACUGGAUAAACAAACGAAACCCUUCUGUGAGCGCGUUUGCGUCAGCUGCCAAAGAUCACAGUGUGAAACUACCCGUAUGACGUGCCCGCGUGCUGGCAGAGGGCAGGGGCAAUGGCCAAUCAGCCAGGACUACUCUACAACCGCUACUAUACCGCUAGAAGUAUGAUACACGUACCGAAUGUAGGGGUUUAAGUUGGACCGCAUGUGGCGCACAGCUGUGCUGUGGCUUGGUCAACAACAGUAGAGCUCGCUUUUCAAAUGCACCUGUUUCACUGUGAAGAGUGAAUGUAAUUUAAGUAUAGAUAAAAUCAAGGUUGGUUGAUUCUAUCAGACCUGUAAGCUGCUAUGAGACGCGUAAGGAACAUUCCACUGGGGAGUUAAAAACAAACAGAAAAUGGCCAAAUGUCUGCAUGAAAUGACUUAUUUUUUUACUAUUUUAUUCUUUAUUUUCUUAAGAGUACCAGGAUCCAGUAGAGUGUAGUACACUCAGUGUACAUACAGAGGUAGUUGUGUAGGCCAGUCUCACUGCAUGUUUACAGGCAUGGCAGACUGGUGAUACUUCGUUAAAGAUGCUCACUUGGUCUAUUACAGGUUACAACUUUGUUGGACAACCCCUUUUUUUGUUCUCUUUGACAUUUUAUUAUUUCUGGACACUUUAUAUGCAUUUGUAAUCCAAAUCGAUCUUGUUGAAUUGAAAGAAAAUGUGUAGCUCCAAUCAGCUGCUUGGAGUGCAGGUCCAUCUCAGAGUUAACUGUUGCCUGUAAAAGCUUGUUGGGUUCAGAGAGCUACAAUACCUUACAGCGAAAUGACCUCAUGCCAGCCUUAUUAAGAGUGUUAUGCUUGGUCAUGAGAUCUGAGGAAAAUCUAUGCUUCCUGCAUUUGGUUUUAUUCCAUUUUUGAAAACCUGAACCACUGUCAUGCCAGAGGUCUACUGUUGUGUGGGCCAGGAGGGAGGCAACCUUGAAACAAGCCAGAUCUCUUUAGGGCUGGCUUGCUGUACAGCAAUGUCAGAAACUAUGCAAGUGGAAUGCAUAUUAUGCAGUGGCUCUUUUUUUCCUUUUUUUUUUUUUCUUCCUGUCACUUACAAAUGAAAAUAACUUGCUACGAUACUAGGCCUUAUUAUCAUCAUUAUUAUUGUUUUAAGAUCUUGAUUCUUCGGAAGCCAAACUCUGUUUCCAAGGCGACCGUGGGUAACAGACAUGGUCUCUAUGAGACUGGCCCGCAGGCCCCAGUUUUAAGUGGUACGAAUGUUGUGCAUUUGUUAAAAUCAGGACAGUUUGCAAUAAAAGAAGUCAUACAUCACAAGUGGCCACCAUGGGGGCACGAACAGUGCGAACACCUAGGCUGCCACCAUGAGCUUUCGGGGAGGGGGGAAUUCAUGAAAACUCAGUGCAUAUUUGUAUAUAUCAAUACAUAUACUCUUAUGCAACACAAAGUCCAGGUUCUAUUUAUGAACAUUAAAGUUUGUAAGUGUUGUUUUGCAGAAAUGGUUUUACCAUCUUAAAUGUUGAAAUAUUUGGACCUGUGUGUUUUGUCUCAACUUUUUGUCUCAAAUGAGCACAUAGCAUUGGAUUUUAUAUGUACAUCUGCAAAUGGGAAUUCCACUGGAGCAGGGGUGAAAAUGCCAGGUAUGGGGAGAAUUUUAUUGAUCAGAAAUGUGACCCAAGGUUUCACGACAGCUAGAGAAGGAAGAGUAUAUUUUAAAAAAACUGACAGAUAUUGGGUAAACCAGCCGAAUGUUGAUUUGAAUCAUGUUGGAUGAAUGCUUCUUCUUUUAAUCAGUAAAUAAAAGCAUUAUAAAAGUGUUA